CAUACUUUCCAUACUUACAGUAAUGAAAAUUGUUGCCGCCAUCUCAUUCGCUAUCGCAGUCUUGACCACAUGUACAGUGGUCGAGACUGCUCCUGCUUCGGGAUCUCAAUCGGAUGGGCUUCAACAUCAUGGCCUUCGUGUUCCCCUUGUCAAAAGACCGAACCACAAGCGAGACUUUCGAGCAGCCAUGGCCAAAAUCAGCCACCGCUAUCCUGAGCUCAACCUGAACCUUGGACCAUACGACCACGUUCCCAAUCUUUUGAGCCCUCGUUCACCUCAUAAAAAAGAUCUUGGUCGUGCUUCCGUAAUGAAUCAUGGUCUUGAUAUUCAGUAUUAUGGUCCGGUUAACAUCGGUACUCCGCCUCAAACAGUGAACCUGGUCUUUGACACUGGCUCUGCCGAUAUUUGGUUCCCCUCAGCAGAAUGUGAAAUGGUAGGCUGCAAAGCUCAUCGUCGCUUCGACGCCACCAAAUCAAGUACUUUCCAAAAGGAUGGUCGUCCAUGGACGAUCCGAUAUGGUGAAGGUUCAAGCGCGAGUGGGAUUCUUGGUCAGGACGUAGUUGAAGUUGGAGGCGUCAAAGUUCAUCAAACAAUUGGCCUUGCUCUCAAUGAAUCCAUUACAUUUGCACAAGCCCCAGAAGACGGUAUCUUUGGCUUGGCCUUCAAUAGUAAACAAACCGUCAAGGGCGUCAAGACCUUCAUGGACAAUGCUAUCGCAUCCAAAGCCAUCACAAGGCCCAUCUUCUCAGUCUAUUUACCCUCUAUUCGCAUGAACGGUGGUGAAGGUGGUUAUUAUCUCUUUGGUGCCAUUGAUCAUAAUCGAUACAAGGGUCGUCUCACCUCUGUCCCCGUGACGAAACAAGGUUACUGGCAAGUUCAUGUCUCGGACUUGAAAUUCGAAGGCCAGUCUUUAGCUCAAGCUUCAGAAGCAAUCGUGGACACAGGCUCAACCCUCCUGCUCGUCAGUGACGCUGCUUCAGAGGCAAUCCAUAAGAAUAUUAAGGGUGCUUUCUACUCGAAAGAUGAGUUUGCUUGGGUUGUCCCAUGCUCAUUAGCUAGCUCGACUCAAAACAUCUAUCUCACCCUUGCUGGCAAGGACUUUCAUGUUCCUGUGGCUGAUCUCGCCUGGGAGCCCACCAAGGAAGGAAGCUCUCUCUGCUAUUCAGGAGUCCAGGGUGGUCUAGAGGGCCUCUGGGUUUUGGGCGACGUCUUUAUCAAAAACAACUACUGCGUCUUUGAUCUCUCUGACAAGCCUUCUAUUGGCAUUGCACCCAUCCGGUACUAAGCCAAAACCACACACUCCCUUUCCUUACAUCCCAAUCCUCAAUUUAGAUACCCAUUUUAUUACUCAUUUUAAUACAUAUGUACAUAGAUUAUAUUCAUAAAUUCAACUCGC